CAAAGGCCCAUUAAAAAAAAAGAAGAUAUGUGCCUGGAGGGAGGAUUGGUUGUGGAAGAGAUAAAGAAAACUGCCCCAUCAAGUUUUAACAGCUGGCCCAUUAACAGAGGGUAUCUACCAUCCCCUGGAGUUAUGAGGGUAGGCUCAUGGAAGAGAUAAAGACCACUGGCCCACCUGGUUUUAACAGACAGUAAAAGAAUACAUGCUUUUAGCUACAUAUUGCAUUGCAACCUAAGACACAUUGUCAGUCACACUGAGCUGGUAACCGGAGCUCCAAAGGCAGCUGCAGCUGAGGUGACACCAUCAAUAAAUAACGGAGUGCUAGCAGGGUUGCACACAGGACCGCCUGCCUCUGCCUGCCUGGAGUGUGGGGACAGGUAAGUGCCACCACCAUUGCCCUAUCAUUUUGCUGUGGCUGGGCACCCCCAACAGCUCAGGGUGUCGGCAGCAGGGUGUGGGGAGCAGGGUGUGAGGUGCAGAAUAGGGGGGUGGGAGCAGCCUUGCUGGACCAGGGGCGUGCAAGGGGUUGUGCUGUACAAGGCCCCUCACAGCAGCACAAUCCCCUGGGAUGCCAGCCCUGCUGACCCCAAUAUCUGGACCCUGGCAGCUGGGUGCCCAGCACUCCCCAGCCCUGGCACAGGGACCUCCAGAGCAUCCUGGGAAAGGCAUUCUCUCCCUGCAGGCCCAGCAGCACUGGAGCUCAGGGAAAGGUACUUGCAGGGGGUGCACAGGACAGCCAACUCACGGCAUGAGUGGCAGUUGUGAGCCUGGCACCCUGGGAGGAUGUCCUACCACAGCAUCCCCUGUCAGGGGAUAGAUUUGCCUUGUUACGGUUCAGGGCUCACAGUGCUUCAGCGAUCUCUGCACCAGGGAGAUUUUCAAAGCCUGAGCCCAAGGUUAUGCUACUGAUAGUGGACACAACGGGUGCAGAACUUCCCAUUUGACAGAACUCCCAAGAUAGGCAGGAAACUAACAAAGUCAUCUCAGCAACUGUGCCAAAAUCACAGCCUCACUCUCUUGUGAUGGUGUCUCCGGCGAUUGCCCUGGCCUUCCUCCCCUUCAUUGUCACACUGCUGAUACGGUACCGGCACUACCUGGUGCUGCUGUACCGGGCAGUGCUGGUGCCCUGGCUGCGGGACCGGCUCACCGGCACCUCGCGGGAGCAGCGUGCCUUCCAGUAUGUGCUGACUCAUGCUAUCCCUGGGGACCCCCACCACAUCCUCCAGACCUUCGAUCAUUGGUGCUACCACUGUGAGCACCUCAGCUGUGCGCAUGCCGUGUCAGGGCGGAUCGUGGAGCGAGUGCUGUUGGAGCGGGCACCGCUGCGGGUGCUGGAGCUGGGCACGUACUGUGGCUACGGCACCGUGCUGCUGGCACAGGGGCUGCCCCCAGGCGCCCGUCUCUACACCAUUGAGGGAGACCCCCGACAUGCUGCCGUGGCCGAGAAGGUCAUCCGCCUGGCCGGCUUCAGUGAGCAGACGGUGGAGCUGAUCGUGGGCCCCUCGGAGGAGGUGAUACCUCACCUGCGGGAGAAGCACGGCCUGAUGAAUGCCAACUUGGUCUUCAUGGAUCACUGGAAACGCUGCUACCUGCGGGACCUACAGUUGCUGGAGAGCCACCAGCUGCUGGCUGAGGGGGCCACCAUCCUAGCUGAUAACAUCCUCUUCCCUGGGGCACCCCACUUCCUGCAGUACGCCAAGACCUGUGGCAAAUACCACUGCAAGGUGCACCGCUCCAGACUGGAGUACUUCCGCGGCAUUCCUGAUGGCAUCGCUGAGCUCCGCUAUACCGGUACCCACUGAGCAGGCGGCAAGCCUCUGCCUUGUGCUGGCCAUGGCUACCGCAGGAGUGCCAGGUCCCAACCCCCUGCCUCAGCCUCAACACAGGCUCUGGAGGAAACGCAGUGGCUGCUGUGGUCUGUGGUGGGGCACAG